CCUUCGGAAUAUUUUCAAGGUGGUACGGGCUUCCGGCACAGACUGGAUGCUAUUGUUUAAUUUAGGCUAACGUUAUUUUGUUGUAACAUGACUCCCGAGAAUAUUUCUUGAAAUUUUGAAGACGAAUCUUUAAAAUAUAAUCGGGAAAUUUUGUUUUGAAGAUGGCGAUUCCAAUGGAAACGCAGCUUCAGAGCAUAUUCGAAGAUGUUGUGAAAACGGAGGUUAUCGAAGAAGCCUUUGCUGGCAUGUGUAUGGACACACCAGAGGAUGAACGAACCAAACUUGUCAGUUGUCUUGGUGCAUUUCGUCAGUACUGGAGCACUCUACCACAGGAUUCCCAUGAUCAGUGUGUGCAGUGGAUUGCCAGAUUCAUCCAUGGACAGCACAGUCCCAAAAGAAUAUCCUUCCUGUACGACUGUCUAGCAAUGGCUGUAGAGACCAACCUGCUGCCUCCCAGGAUGGUGUGCGAGGCCCUGAUCAGUUCGGACAGCGUGGAGUGGGAGAGGACGCAGCUGUGGGCCCUCACCUUCCAGCUCAUCCGCAAAAUCAUCGGCGGGGUGGACUACAAGGGCGUCAGGGAUCUUCUGAAGGCCGUCCUGGAGAAGAUACAGAACAUCCCCAACACCGUGAGCUCGGCGGUGGUCCAGCAGCUUCUGGCGGCCCGAGAGGUGGUGGAGUACAUACUGGACCGGAACGCCUGUCUGCUGCCCGCCUAUUUCGCCAUAACGGAGAUCAGGAAGCUGUACCCGGAGGGGAAGCUGGCACACUGGCUGCUGGGCAGUCUGAUAUCGGAUUUUGUGGACAGCUUCAGACCCACGGCGAGAAUAAACUCGAUUUGCGGAAGGUGCAGUCUGCUGCCAGUGGUCAACAACUCUGGAGCCAUUUGUAACUCCUGGAAACUGGACCCCACCACCCUGCGGUUCCCCCUCCGAGGGCUGCUGCCCUACGACAAGGACCUGUUCGAACCGCAGACGGGGCUGCUGAGAUACGUGCUGGAGCAGCCCUACUCGCGAGACAUGGUCUGCAACAUGCUAGGGCUCAACAAGCAGCACAAGCAGCGCUGCCCGGUUCUGGAGGACCAGCUGGUGGACCUGGUGGUGUACGCCAUGGAGCGCUCGGAGACGGAGGAGCAGUUCGACGACGGCGGGACCAGCCAGCUGCUCUGGCAGCACCUCUCCAGCCAGCUCAUCUUCUUCGUGCUCUUCCAAUUCGCCAGCUUCCCGCACAUGGUCCUGUCGCUCCACCAGAAGCUGGCUGGCCGGGGCCUUAUCAAGGGCAGGGAUCAUCUGAUGUGGGUCCUGCUGCAGUUCAUCUCCGGAAGCAUCCAGAAGAACGCCCUGGCCGACUUCCUCCCCGUCAUGAAGCUCUUCGACUUGCUUUACCCAGAAAAAGAGUGCAUCCCCGUGCCGGACAUCAACAAGCCCCAGUCCACCCACGCCUUCGCCAUGACCUGCAUCUGGAUCCACCUCAACAGGAAGGCCCAGAACGACAACUCCAAGCUGCAGAUCCCCAUCCCCCACUCCCUGAAGCUGCACCACGAGUUCCUGCAGCAGAGCCUGCGGAACAAAAGCCUGCCCAUGACGGACUACAAGAUCGCCCUGCUGUGCAACGCCUACUCCACCAACUCGGAGUGCUUCACGCUGCCCAUGGGCGUGCUGGUGGAGACCAUCUACGGCAACGGCAGCAUGCGCAUCACCCUGCCCGGCACCAACUGCAUGGCGUCGGGCUCCGUCACGCCGCUGCCCAUGAACCUGCUGGACUCGCUCACCGUGCACGCCAAGAUGAGUCUGAUCCACAGCAUAGCCACGCGGGUGAUCAAGCUGGCCCACGCCAAGUCCAGCCUGGCCCUGGCCCCGGCCCUGGUGGAGACCUACAGCCGCCUGCUGGUCUACAUGGAGAUCGAGUCUCUGGGCAUCAAGGGCUUCAUCAGCCAGCUGCUGCCCAACGUGUUCAAGUCGCACGCCUGGGGCAUCCUGCACACCCUGCUGGAGAUGUUCAGCUACCGCAUGCACCACAUCCAGCCGCACUACCGCGUGCAGCUGCUCAGCCACCUGCACUCGCUGGCCGCCGUGCCCCAGACCAACCAGAACCAGCUGCACCUGUGCGUGGAGAGCACAGCCCUGAGGUUGAUCACUGCCCUGGGGAGUUCAGAAGUUCAGCCCCAGUUCACGCGGUUCCUGAGCGACCCAAAGACGGUGCUGUCUGCCGAAUCUGAGGAGCUGAACCGAGCCCUCAUCCUCACGCUGGCCCGAGCCACGCACGUGACAGAUUUCUUCACGGGGUCGGAUUCCAUCCAGGGCACGUGGUGUAAGGACAUCCUGCAGACCAUCAUGAGCUUCACCCCCCACAACUGGGCGUCCCACACCCUCUGCUGCUUCCCCGCCCCCCUGCAGGCCAUGAGGAGCCACGAGGGGAACGAGGCGCAGGUGUGCUACUUCAUCAUCCAGCUGCUGCUGCUCAAGCCCAACGACUUCCGCAACCGCGUCAGCGACUUCGUCAAGGAGAACGCCCCCGAGCACUGGCUGCAGAGCGACUGGCACACCAAGCACAUGACCUACCACAAGAAAUACCCGGAGAAGCUGUACUUCGAGGGCCUGGCGGAGCAGGUGAACCCGCCCCUGCAGCUGCAGUCGCAGUACCUGCCCAUCUACUUCGGCAACGUCUGCCUGCGCUUCCUGCCCGUCUUCGACAUCGUCAUCCACCGCUUCCUGGAGCUGCUGCCCGUCUCCAAGUCCCUGGAGACGCUGCUCGACCACCUGGGCGGCCUCUACAAAUUCCAUGAUCGGCCGGUGACCUACCUGUACAACACGCUGCACUACUACGAGAUGCAGCUGCGCGAGCGCACCAACCUGAAGCGCAAGCUGGUGCACGCCAUCAUGAGCUCGCUGAAGGACAACCGCACGCCGGGCUGGUGCCUGAGCGAGACCUACCUCAAGUGCGGCAUGAACCCGCGCGAGGACAACGCCUGGGUGCCCGACGACACGUACUACUGCAAGCUCAUCGGCCGCCUCGUCGACACAAUGGCAGGCAAGUCCCCCGGCCCGUUCCCCAACUGCGACUGGAGGUUCAACGAGUUCCCCAACCCUGCGGCCCACGCCCUGCACGUCACCUGCGUGGAGCUGAUGGCCCUGGCCGUCCCGGGCAAGGAGGUGGGGAACGCCCUCCUCAGCGUGGUGCUCAAAAGCCAGCCCCUGGUGCCCAGGGAGAACAUCACGGCCUGGAUGAACGCCAUCGGACUCGUGAUCACCGCCCUGCCCGAGCCGUACUGGGUGGUCCUGCACGACCGCAUCGUGAGCGUCAUCAACAGCCCCGCCCUGACCACGGAGACGGAGUGGGUGGGGUACCUCUUCCAGCUCUUCGACUUCACCGCCUGCCACCAGUCGUACUCGGAGAUGUACUGCAGCUACGUCCUGGCGCUCGCCCACGCCGUCUGGCACCACUCCAGCAUCGGGCAGCUGUCCCUCAUCCCCAAGUUCCUGUCGGAGGUGCUGAAGCCCAUCGUUAAGACGGAGUUCCAGCUCCUGUACGUGUACCACCUGGUGGGGCCCUUCCUGCAGCGCUUCCAGCAGGAGCGGACCCGCUGCAUGCUGGAGAUCGGAGUGGCUUUCUACGAGAUGCUCCAGACCGUGGACCAGCACAGCCAGCACCUGGCCUACAUGGACCCCAUCUGCGACUUCCUGUACCACGUAAAGUACAUGUUCACGGGCGACAGCGUCAAGGACCAGGUGGAGAAGAUCAUCUGCACCCUGCGGCCGGCCGUGAAGCUACGGCUGCGCUUCAUCACGCACAGCAGCAAGAUGGAGCCCGCCGCAGCCGCCGCCGCCGCCGCUGCGGCCGCCACCGUGCCCCAGCCCCCCAACGUGUCCUCCCCCGCCCCCCAGUCCGGCGCGGGGCCCGUCAGCGUCCCCCUGUCCGCGGCUCAGUAGCGCCCACCAAUCACGGUCACCACCGCCACACCCCAACCACUCUGAGGCCUAAUAGCCAAUCGGUCGUCAGCUAAGGGGACGGUCAUACGUCCCCCCCUUCGUCUGCGGCCUGGCAACUUCCGCCAGUCAGGCGUCAGUCCUAGAGGUCGGUCACACUGUCCGUCUCCCAUUUGCAUCCACCAAUCACGUGUCAGCCCAGGGGACUGUUGCGCCUGCCCCCCCCUACCUUCCCCCCUCCCGUCUGAAAACAACAGUAACGCUGAAGAACCACCCGCAUGGCGGCUUCACCCUCGUCUGUCUGGGGCACAGUGGCGUCGCCCUGUUUCCAGUCGGCUGAAAGGAUAUUUUCUCAGCGUGUGACAGAGAAUGUGGCCUUGGGCAGUCCUCUCCGGAGUCAUGUGAUCCGAGCCGGCCUCUGGGGGCUGUCAGAACCGCUCGGCUCCGUGACUCAGCGCCCGGGGUGCCCGCAAGGGCCUCGUUUUCCAGCUUUAUUUUUUUACUUUGUAUUUGCGAACCUUUUUGACCUAAUGACUGCAUUUUACUUUGCCCUUUCUACGGCAUGUUACCUUUUCCAGUAAAUGCACAGAAUAAAUUCAGUAUGGCUCACAAGCCUUAACGAGC